AUGUCGUUGAGGUAUGUUGUUGUAUCUCUUUUCAAACCCAAAUUUCAUCUUUCAAAUCCUAAUAAACUCAUUCGAUGCUUCCCCUCUUCAACAAACUCAAGAUUAUACUCUCAAUUCCACGACCAAGAAAAACACAAUCUCAUUUCCUCAUUCAAUCGCUUGCUUAAUCAAGGUUAUACUCUCAAUUCCAUCAUCCAAAUUGGUAAGAUUUUAGGUUCUCUUGUCAAGGGCAAGCAUUUCCUCACCGUUGUUUCACUUCAUCGAAAAUUGGAAUUAAACACAGGAAUUAAAUCAAAUUUAUUCAGUUUGAAUAUCUUGAUCAAUUGCUUUUGUCAAUUGGGUCAUAACUCUCUUUCCUUUUCGGUAUUUGCCAACAUUCUCAAGAAGGGUUAUCAGCCAGAUGCUAUAACUUUGACUACAAUAAUCAAGGGUUUCUGUCUCAAAGGUGAGGUCUAUCAAGCAUUGCACCUUCAUGAUAAGGUGGUAGCUCAAGGGAUAGCGUUGGACCAAGUUAGUUAUGCAACCUUGAUCAACGGGUUGUGUAAAGUUGGACGAACGGGAGCAGCUUUGCAAUUGAUGAGACGGAUUGAUGGGAAAUUGGCUCGGCCUAAUGUGGUAAUGUACAACACGAUUAUUGAUAGUUUCUGCAAAAAUAAGCUUCUCAAUGAUGCUUUUGAUUUAUAUUCUGAAAUGCUUGCUAAGAGAAUUUCUCCUGAUGUUGUCUCUUAUAAUACCUUAAUUAGUGGCUUAUGCAUUGUGGGUCGAUUGAAAGAUGCAAUUGGUUUGUUACAUGAAAUGAUAUUAGAAAAAAUCAAUCCAAAUGUGUAUACCUUUAAUAUAUUAGUUGAUGCUUUUUGUAAAGAAGGAAAGGUGCAAGAAGCUAAUAGUGUUUUUGCGGCGAUGAUGAAACAAGGUGUAACACCGGAUGCCGUUACUUAUAGCUCUUUAAUAGAUGGAUAUUGUCUGGUUAAAGAAGUGAAUAAGGCAAAUGAUAUAUUCAAUGCCAUGGCUCAUAAAGGGUUGACGGUUAAUGUCCAUAGCUAUAGUAUCAUGAUUAAUGGAUUUUGUAAAACUAAAAGGGUGGUUGAAGCUAUGAAUCUCUUCAAAGAAAUGCAAUUUAGAAAAAUUAUUCCUAAUACAGUAACUUAUAAUUCUCUUAUUGAUGGUUUGUGCAAAUCGGGGAGAAUCACAUAUGCUUUGGAGCUUGUUGAUGAGAUGCGGGAUAGAGGCCAGCCACCUAAUAUAAUAACUUACAGUUCUAUAUUGGAUGCUUUAUGCAAAAACAAUCAAGUUGACAAGGCAGUUGCAUUGAUAAAAAGACUUAAAGAUAUGGGUAUUCAACCGAGUGUGUACUCAUACAGCAUUCUUAUUGAUGGAUUGUGUAAAGGUGGAAGACUAAUGGAUGCACAAAAGAUUUUUGAAGUUCUUUUGGCCAGAGGCCACAAUCUUAAUGUGUAUACGUAUACUAUUAUGAUCCAUGGGUUUUGUAACAAUGGGUUGCUUGAUGAGGCAUUGGCCUUGCUGUCAAAAAUGAAAGAUAAUAAUUGCAUUCCAAAUGCCAUAACUUAUGAAAUAAUUAUCCGUUCCCUUUUUGAUAAAGAUGAAAAUGAUAAGGCAAAGAAACUUCUUGGUGAAAUGAUUGCAAGAGAUCUAUUGUAAGACUGACACUAGAUAAGUUAUUUGUCUUUUG